UGUGGGACAGAGACAGGGGGCAUUGGUGGGUCUUUACAUAGGGGUUAGACAGGCUGGCAGAGGGAGUAAAGGGAUAGACAGCUGGGGAAAGAGCCAUUGUAAAAGCUAGAACAGAAGACGGAGAGAAAAUACGACUUAAAAAAAACCACCAACAAAACUAGAAUAUACCCCCAACUUGUGUUUCGCUGCUUGUUAUUCUCUUCUGUCUUCUUGGACGUUUUUGCUCACCGCUCCCUGGAGGGGAUGAACUUUGCUCUCAGGCCUCCAUCAGCAGGCAGUUCUGGGCCCGGCGCUGGCAGAGGAGCCACCAUGGAGAACCUGGAGAAGCAGCUGAUCUGCCCGGUGUGCCUGGAGAUGUUCUCCAAACCCGUGGUCAUCUUGCCCUGCCAGCACAACCUCUGCCGCAAGUGUGCCAACGACAUCUUCCAGUCAACUAACCCUGUGUGGCAGUCCCGCGGCUCCUCCAGCAUGGCUUCCAGCGGCACCCGCUUCCGCUGUCCGUCGUGCCGCCAUGAGGUGGUGCUGGACCGCCACGGGGUCUUCGGUCUGCAGAGGAACCUGCUGGUGGAGAACAUCAUAGACAUCUACAGACAGCAGGAGUCCUCCAGGCUUGUGAACAUAAAGCCAGAGCAGCAGAAGCAGCAGCUGCUGUGUGAAGAACAUGAAGAGGAGAAGAUCAAUAUCUACUGCCUGUCCUGUGAGACGCCGACCUGCUCCAUGUGCAAAGUGUUUGGAAAACACAAAGACUGUGAAGUGGCACCGCUCAGCAGCGUUUAUAUGAGACAGAAGACAGACCUUAGCGACGGCAUCGCCAUCUUAGUCGCCAGCAAUGACCACGUCCAGGCAGUCAUCUCUCAGAUGGAAGAAAUCUGCCGCACUGUAGAGGAGAACGGUCAACGGCAGAGAGAACAGCUAGCCAUCCGUUUUGACAGCCUGUUGGCCAUCUUGGACGAGCGGAAGCAGGAGCUGGUGGGGCUCAUCAGCAAACAACAGGACGAUAAACUCAAACGUGUCCAAUCUCUCAUUCGUCAGCACAGCGAUCACCUGGAGGUCGCGGUAACGCUGGUGGAGUCGGCCAUUCAGUCGAUGGAAGAGCCACACAUGCCUGUGUUUAUACAGAGCGCCAAAGUCAUACUGGAAAAGAUAGCAUUGACAGCCAGGGCCUCGAACAUGGAGCGUCCAGAGCUCGGUUACGAGAGUAUGAGCCAUUUCUUCAUCGAUACAGACGAUCUCGCGGACAUGCUGAGGAACAUCAACUUUUGCUCCGGUGUGGGAGAUAAUGGAGAAGAAGAUCCUGCAGAAGGUGGCGAAGAGUCAGAACUUGACUUCUGUUCCAGAUUUUAAGACCAUAACAGAGGAAACUUUUGUUUUCAAUGACUCAAGUGCAGAUUUUGACUUUUUUAUUGGUUAAACAUUUGAGUACAAUGAUUUGAUAUUCUCUGAGAGACAUAACAGAAGGGGAUACAAGGUGUUUGUUUCUGUCUUGAAUCUCCCUGUUGACCUGUAUUGAUGAAUUGAUCAGGGUUUUGUGGUUUGUUUGAUUUUGGUUUAGAAAGUGUCAGACUUUUCACAUUAGUUAUUCAGCUUCCAGUCAUCAGCUAGAGCGGACAAACCUGUAGCUCUGUCUCUCUUCUUGCCAAAUGUUUCUGUUUUAUACACGUAACAGACACACAUUAUAAUACAGAGUCUAAUUCAUAAUAUUUAGUUUUGAGGGACUAAUAAGGGUUUUUAUUUGUUAAUUUAGUCCUGAAUUAUAGAUCUGUCACUGUUUUCGUGAGAAAAUCUACAAUUUUGACCGAAAAAGACAUACAAUCUCAAAGUCCACUUACUAACCUUUCUUGCAUAUUUCUUUUGCAUCCCACAGUCUUCAUCAGCAGGUAGAGCUGGCUCAGUUGUCAUGGAGGCCAUUCAAAUCAUGCACCAAAGACCACAUCUGAACAGAGACAGGUUUUACAACUAAAUAAAAUCAAACAUCUCCUUAGUUUGCUGUAGAAGAUUCUCCAGGGAACCUGAAACCUUUUUUAAAGGGCCCCUUGGUAAUAAUAAUAAUAACAAUAAUAAUAAAUCGAUUUAAUUCAAUUUGAUUUUCACUUUGCAUCAAUGAUCAUUGAAGCGAUAUAUCGAUCCAGAUCGAUGUAUCGUUACAGCCCUAAUAAAUACAUGGCACCCUAAAGGUUCACUUCAUGUCUUGAACAUCAUAAAAUGCCUCAUAUUUAAAGUGUUUCAAUGAGAAUCCUGCAGACAAACAAGUUUCUAAAAAUGCAAAAACAAAACUGACAGCUCUUAAACUGAAGUUGUUCAAAUGUGUCAGAGCCUGUUUAUAAAUGUUCUUGUUGUUCUGCUGAUGAAUUGUAAUGUGCACAAUCUGAAGUCAGCAGCAGCUCACUGUGUAUCGUACAGAGGAGAUGUGUGAAAUUGUCUCUAACAAGACCACUUACGUAAAAAGAGAGUGAAGGAUUCCCCUCAUCCACUCAGGAAGGCGGCAGCAUCAGCGUAUUCAUGCUGACUCAGUCAAAGGCGGCAACAACAACAACAACAGAAUCCUCCUCCGUGCUGCGUUUGUGUGACAUUAGGCUGAGCAGCUGGAGAGUUACUGGUGAUUGUUGGGAUGUGGGAAGAUGACACUGAUCUCAUGGUAUUCGUCUUUUGUUCUUUACUCGAGGUUCUCGCUGCAGUCCUGAGGAAAUGUAAAACAGAGACGGAAAUAGAAGUUUACCAUAAUCCUUCGGGAAAAAUCUACAAGAGUGAAUUCAGCCACAUAAAAAGAUGAAGACAACAUGUAAAAACAAACACCUAAAUGAUUGAUUGAAAUUAUACCUUUCUAUACGUUAUCCAUCUGUGGUUCCUCCUGCAGCAGCCCAGAAGACUGACUUGGCCGGAUUUUAG